AUGGCAGCAGGCAUGAACACGGCGAACCAGGCCGAGGGUACAGGACCGCAAAGCUCUCCUAAGCGAGCGAGAGAACAAGGGGGGAGCAAUGCAGAGGACGACCAGCCCCUCACCCUUGGCCUCCCGCAGCAAGCCCUCCAGGUAAACCAACAACAGAUCACGCUCUCGCUUCAGGAGUCGCUUGAGGGGCUGGGGAAGCGUGUCGGCAACCUAGAGCAGAACCUGGAUGAGCAUGUAGAUCGAACUACAAGACUGCUGGAUGCCAUGACAGAUAGACGUUGUGCCAUCGAAACCAGCGUCCGAGACAUGAAGACAUCCUACGAUGAUGUUAAGCAAAGGCUGGACCUGCUCGAGGGGAAGUUCGCUACAGCAUCUUUCUCCACUACAGACACCAGUGUGAGGACCACAGAGACAGGGGGAUCCGAAAGCAGACCAGCCAUCAUAAUGGGGGGAUGGGACGCGGACCAGAGUGCCCAGGAAACCCUACGUUUGGUGAAGCAGCACAUCACUGAGCUCAGAAUCGACAUCGACAUGGACGAUGCUUUCGUCCCCGGCCUCCGCCGCGGGUUCGCAAUCGUCCCCAUAGCAGCACGCGAAGGGGAAGGACAAGCAGAGUUCCGAACUCGCAUCCGUGAUGGGUUGCGAACCAUCCGGGAGAGCCGAGUGAUCACAGGCCAAAAACCUCAAGGCGGGGAUCGAUUAUUCUGGGCAGCCAUGAGCGAGAGCCCGGAGCGCCGAAAGAGAGCCCAGUUCGCUGGGAAAAUUAAGCGCCUGGCGCUUGAGAUGGAAGGGGACAGGGGACAGGCAAAAGCUGGACAACAUCGGUGUUGGCUGGCUUACAUUGGGCACAUUGGCAAGGCAACUGGGGAUCGGCGUCAGCUCUCUCACAGAGAAAUGGGAGGAGCUGAAGACACCACUGCUUUGAGAACCACAGGACGAUUUUUUCACCCGGAGCCCACCGUCGAAGAAGAUGGAGGGAAAUUGCAUGUUGUGACAUGGAAUGUUGGGGGGCUAUCACCAUCAAAAGUCCUUCAGCUUCUAUGUGACCUUCGCAAAGAACGAAUUCACCCCUUUCACCUGACCUUCAUUUUGUGCCUUCAAGAGGUCAUUGUGGAGACAGGCAAACAUACCCUUGAGCAGCAAGACGUUCAGCUUUUUUGUGGGAAGCAAGCAACAGACUGGCGCGGGACUGGGAUCGCGCACACCAACGACCUUCAGCAUUACCAGCCCAAGCUCCUCAAGUGCGGAACAAGUAUGGUGAUUGGCUUUGGCACAACUCGCGUGAAAGCCAUCUCAGGGCACAUGCCACACCAUGCCACCGUGGGGGAAUGCAGCGACAUACUUUCCCAAUGGGAUGUACAACUGCGAUCCACUGACUUAAAGAUAGUGGCAGGAUGCGACCUGAACGAGACGUUCACGGCUGGAGAUGCAGACCACAUCCAUUCAGAGAGCGCAAGAGGGGAAAUCAUCCUCACAUGGUGGACAGCCAAAGGAGGGGACCUUCCGACACAGGACCUUCAGCAACCCUCGUACUAUCCCUACAACCACCGAACGCCAGCCCGCAGACUGGACUACAUCUUCGCGAAAGGAAUGUACGAAGGCACUGGUGCUGUACUCCCGCUUCGACACUUGGCCACCAGUGAUCAUGAGCCCGUGCUCGCCACCUGCCUUUUAAAGCGACCGGUACCAAGACCCAAGAAACCGGCAAAGCCCUGGGGAUGCAGACAACCGCGAGCAACUGGAACCGUCGAGAAGAUCCUAGCGAAGCCAGCUCCCCGAUCGGGGGACCCAGUGACCAACAUUGCCGAGAUCGCCGUCGCCAUCACAAAGCCGGGACGAGGGAUCAAGGGGUUCCGAGAAAGUAAGAGUUUGCGGGAGCUUCGCCAGGCAAUUGUUCGCAUGGUUCCGGGGGAAGAACAACGUCGUCAAUGGAAAGAAGUGCUGAAACUACGACGUCAAGAACAUGGCCGUUGGAAAACUGACAUGCUUGCCAAGGCAGGGCGGAGAUUCUGGCACUCCAAAUCAGUCGUGGACCGUGACGGGCAUACUUCUGCUUGGGAGCUUCGAUUGCAAGAAGACGAAAGAUGGCGAAGCACACUGGUGAAGCACUUCGAGGGGAUCUUCAAAAGGCGACCGCGCCAUGAAGUCAACGAGCGCUUCGCAGCAAUCCUCCGUGACCUCACAGUCAAAUGCAAGCACCAGAGGUGGCGACCUUUCAGUGAUGACGAACUUCGGGCUGUUCGCAAACGAUGGAAAAACGGCAAGUCCUGUGGACUCGACUCCGUAUCGCACGAGGCCCUGAAAAUCAUGCUGGAGGACGACACCUGGCGGGGACGCCUCCGGAGCCUCUUCAACGAUAUGUUCUACGUCGGCAAGAUAGUUCAGGCCAUCGAGCAGGGGAUUACAGUACUCCUCGCCAAGGGGGACAAACCCAACAGCUGGAGUGAUACAAGGCCUAUUACCUUGAGCUCCACGCUGCUUAAGACCUACUCGCAACUGGUGAUCCACAGGGCAGCACACUUGGUCCAAGAGCCAGCACGUCUACAGUGGUCCAGGCGACACCGGCAAGGGGUUGAACUCAUACUGAUCCUGCGAAAGGUGUGUCGCACAGCACACGACUGGGGGAUCCCGAUGUACAUUGCGAAGUUGGACAUCCGCAAGGCAUUCGACUCCAUCUACCAAGAGUCCCUUGCUGCUCAAGUUGCUGAAGACGUGGGGGGCCAUGGGGAUAUGCCAUGGGAAGCACGAGCAUGGGUGACCCUACUCCAUGCCACCGAACUACGUGUUUUCUUCCGAGACGAGGUGUUCGUGAUCGACCAGACGAACGGAGUACGCCAAGGCAGCCCCGAUAGUCCAAUCGCCUUUGGGCGUAUUGUGGCAAAGGAACUAGACACGUCCAUCCAAGAAGCCAAAACAAGCAAGGCAACGACGGGGGAACCACCACCUGAAGACGGAUGCUGUUAUAUGGACGACUCCUACACAUGGUCAACCACAAGAUGGCAUCUGCAGCACAUGCUGGACCGCUUGGGAGAAAACCUACCACCACGACGUAAAGCCUUCGGCAAGCACCGGGGCACGCUGAUGGCCAACGCGCCGGUGAAGGGGAGAUUGCAACUCCAUACAAUCCUGGUGAGACAGAGUGCACUCUGGGCGUGCGAAACGUGGCCGUGUGUGGACUACGUGCUACGCGCUGCCAACUCUCUGCAACUUCUACAUGCACGCACCAUCGCCAAGAUCCCUCGGCAGCCGGGGGAGCAGUGGGUGGAGUGGAAUGUACGCUCUAUGCGACGUGCCCGUGUCCUCCUGCACCAAUACCACAUCGAACGUUGGAGCACAUUCAUACUGCGACAGAUAUGGGGGCUCCUGGGUCAUGUGGCUCGCCUGGCUCGCGGGGACAAAAUCGGCGCUAGCAUGCUAAGCUGGCGUGACCUAUCGUGGUGGAGAAUUGAGCAAAGCAUCCCAGCUGCAUGGGGUGGGGAAAGGCACGCACAGAGAUUCCACCCUCUCCUGGAUAUCGAGAGGCAAAUCUGCGAGGUCGCAGGCGAGAGAUGGCAAUCAGUCGCCCAAGACCGAUUGCACUGGGCCACUCUGGAAGACAAGUUCCUGGAGAUGUUUGACCCACCCUGGGCAUCGGGGACUCAGAUGGCCUUCGACAAUUUGGCGCCCAACCAAAAGUCAUGGUAUGCAGAACAGCGAACAAAGAGGGAACAGCGAAAGCGGCGACUGAAGGGGACCAAGAUGUUGGGGAACGAAUGA